AUGGCCUAUUAUGCCGUGGGUCUACCAGUUCUGAAGGUUAGGAAAGAGGUAGAAAUUUCCACCUCUAAUGUUGUUCUAAUGUUGGAGAAUGGAAAAUUUGUGGAGAGUGAAAAGUAUAACAGCUCAUCGUCAGAAAAACAUCAAUAUGUUGCUGAUGGAAAUGAAAAAAACUCGGAGGCAUUAGGAGUCUCUGAACAUUUUAAGCCGAUGAAAAUUCUUGAUGGAGAAUGUAUUCAACCCAACCCUAUACAAUCCAAAGAAACAUUGGAAACAAAAGCAAGCAGAGAAGUGGUAAAAGUUGCAAGGAGGAACACCAAAAGCAGCCUAAAAAUCGUUGAUGUAAAAAUUGUUCAAUCUAAUGCUUCAAAAAUUGAAGGAUCAGGAAAAGAGAUACACGGAGCUAGUGUACUUUCUCACGGUGGCAAGGCCUCUUCGGAGAAAGGAUGGAAGAUGAAGAACAGCAGGAAUAAGAAGAGCUUACCAAAGAAAAAGAUAAAAAAGAACACGAUGAAUGCACCUUCAAAGAAGAGAAGUGGUACUCCCUCUGAUUCGCGAAAGAGACGCAAUACAUCUAUUCCGAAAAGUAAUGCUAAAGUUUUCCCGGUGGGUUUUAUAAGACCUAGAGAUGACAAAGAAUACCGCGAAGAAUUAAUCUCUACAGUCGUAAGAGUUUGGUGUCCAAAGGACCAACGGUUCUAUCUUGGAAAAGUUGAGGCAUAUGAUCCAACUAAGCAAGAACAUAUGGUAAGUUACCUUGAUAAUGAUAUAGAGUUUUUGAAACUAGAAAAUGAGCUAUGGUUACUGCACAAGGCGCGAGCGGAAUUCUUAGAUUUACAAGAAAUGUGGGAGAAAAUGUUGAGCUAA